AUGUCGUUUCGCCGCGCGUUUGCACGAAAGACGACGAUGAUGAAAACAACAACGACGACGAGUUGUUUCUUUUCGCGGGGAACGACGACAUCGUCUUUCUCUUCAAACUCUUCUUCUUCUUUAAUCUUUAAUCGGAUGCAAAAAGCCGGAAGCAGAGACUCGAAGCUCAAAGCCGCAGCCGUCGGUGAGGAAGUCAACGCCGCCGAACAAUCCGUCCCUUUGUUGACGUCGGACGAAUCCGAAGAUUUACUCAAAAUACGACACUCUACCGCGCACAUAUUAGCCAUGGCGACGCAAAAAGUCUACCCGAAAGCGCAGUGCACGAUUGGCCCGUGGAUCGAUCGCGGGUUUUACUACGAUUUCUUUUAUCCAGACCAAAGCUUCACGGACCAAGACUUGAAAACGAUACAAAAAGAAAUGUAUAAAAUCAUUCGGAAAGACUAUCCGAUUCGAAGAGAGGAAGUGUCGAGAGAAGAAGCCGCGAGAAGGAUUAAGGAAAUCAACGAACCGUACAAGUUGGAGAUUUUAGACAUGAUUAAAACCGAACCGAUCACGAUUUAUCACAUCGGCGACGAGUGGUGGGAUUUGUGCGCCGGGCCGCACGUGGAGAGCACGGGGAAAAUCGAGCAGAAAGGAAUCAAGUUAGAAAGCGUGGCGGGAGCGUAUUGGCGAGGAGACGAGACGAAACCGAUGUUGCAAAGAAUCUACGGGACCGCCUGGGAAAGCCAAGCGCAAUUGCAAGCGUACGAGUUGUUUAAAGAAGAGGCGAAGAGAAGAGACCAUCGAACGGUUGGUAAAGAAAUGGGAUUGUUUUCGUUGCAACAAGAAGAAGCUGGAGGCGGGUUGGUGUUUUGGCACCCGAAAGGCGCGUUAAUGCGCCAUCAAAUCGAAACGUUUUGGAAGGAUUUACACUUACAAAGAGGCUACGAUUUAGUCUCCACGCCGCACGUGGCGAAAAGUGAGUUGUGGAAAACGAGCGGUCACAGCGAUUUUUAUAGCGAAAACAUGUACCAACAGAUGCAAGUAGAAGAGGAAUCGUACCAGUUAAAACCGAUGAACUGUCCGUUCCACAUCGUCGUGUAUAAAGACGGGUAUUAUUCGUACAGAGAUUUGCCCUUACGAUGGGCCGAGUUAGGAACGGUGUAUAGAUACGAAAGAAGUGGGACUAUGCACGGUUUGUUUAGAGUCAGAGGUUUCACGCAAGACGACGCGCACGUGUUUUGUUUACCGGACCAAAUCACCGACGAGAUUACGAAAAUUUUAGACCUGGUGGAGGAGGUGUUAGGGACGUUCGGGUUUAAAGAUUACGAGGUGAACUUAUCGACGAGACCGGAAAAAGCGGUCGGGUCGGACGAUAUUUGGGAACGCGCGGAAUUGGCCUUGAAAGAUUCCUUGAAACGCAAAAAUUGGGACUACAUCGUCGACGACGGCGGAGGCGCGUUUUACGGGCCGAAAAUUGACAUUAAAAUUCUCGACGCGAUUGGACGCAAGUGGCAAUGUUCGACCAUUCAGUUGGAUUUCAACUUGCCCGAUCGAUUCGAUUUGUCUUACAUCGACCAAAACAACGAGAAACAACGACCGAUUAUGAUUCACCGAGCGAUUUUCGGUUCCUUGGAACGCUUCUUCGGCAUUUUGACGGAAAACUACGCCGGUGCGUUUCCGGUGUGGAUCGCGCCCGUGCAAGUUCGAUUGUUGCCGGUGACGGAUACCGUGGACGACUACAUCCAACGCGUCGCGAACGACAUGCGCGCGAAAGGUAUUCGCGUCGAGGUGAAAUCCGGCGAACGCAUGAAGAAGCUCGUAAGAAACGCAGAAAAAGAGAAAAUCCCAAUCAUGUGCAUCAUCGGUAAAGAGGAAGCGGAGAACGAAACUUUAGCCGUGAGAACGUACAAGAGUGGUGAUAUUGGGACGUUUUCGCUGACGGAUGUCAUUUCCAAAGUUUCGGAAGCGACGGAGGAAAAGAGCGAACACGCCUCCUUUUGA